CGUGGUAACAGCGCGAGAGAUUUCGACGGCACAUUUAUCGUACAUUUAAUACGAAUUCAUGAAUGAAAUAAACUGUUAUGUAAAUUAAAAAAGUUUUAAAAGUCAUACCUUAGUCUGUAUAUUGUAGAAAAAAAAAGAAAUUAGGCGCGAGUGUAUUUUGCCAAAAAAGUUCCGAUUACAAAUUAAGAAAUAAAAAGUUUCGUAUUUGCAUCCAGCCAGUAAGGUGUUUUAUAGUGCAAGCGUCUAGAGCUGUAAUUAAGGUGGCAUAAUGCGCGAGAGCCUUCGCCGGCUGGCGUCGGAGGACGGUGAUCGACCAAUGGGGAACGAGCGUCGCGCGCGCAUCGAACUACUCAACGGGGAACACAUCAAUGUUGAUGUCGACCGCAAGGCGAAGGGAGGCGACCUGCUAGACCGAAUAUGCGCCGAGCUUGAGCUAACAGAGAGGGACUACUUUGGUCUACUACACGCACAAAGAGGAGACCCAAGGACAUGGGUGGAUUUGGGGAAAAGACUCUCCAAGACUUUCAAAAAUGAGCCUUGGGACAUGCGUUUUGCCGUCAAAUUCUACCCUCCCGAGCCCUCUGAACUGCAAGACGACGAGACCCGCAACCAACUCGCUUUGGCCGUCAGGAGGGACCUUAUGGAAGGUCGCCUUUCGUGCUCCAUGAUAACUCACGCGCUCCUAGCAUCCUACGUACUCCAAGCAGAGCUGGGAGACUACGAGCCAGGACACGUGGCGCCUCCCGUCAUAGCUGCCCACAGCGCGGCGCCACCUAGCGUCAGGACAGAGGAGUUGGAUGACCAUAUAAAGGAUCUUUAUAUGAAACACAAAGGCCAGACCCCAGCGGAGGCCGAGUUAUGCUACCUGGAGAACGCCAAAAAACUGCCCCUAUACGGAGCCGAACUGCACUGCGUCAGGGACUCUGAGGAUGUGGACCUGGUGCUAGCAGUUGGAGCUGGUGGCAUCGCUGUUUACAGAGACGGCGUCGUAAUGAACCGCUUCCCCUGGGCCAAGAUCACCAAGAUCAGUUACAACAAGCGCGUAUACACGCUCCGACUGCGUGCGAGCGAGUUCGACCAGUUUGAGACACAUCUGGGCUUCAACCUGGCUUCAACACGUGCUGGGAAGAAACUGUGGCGGUGUUCCGUCGAACACCAUAUGUUCUUCAGGAGAGCAGCGCCCGUGCCCGUGGAGCGCAUCGCCGGGUUCCCGCGCCUCGGCUCGCGGCGCCUGUCGUGCCGCCGCACGCUCCGCCAGAUGCGGGACUUACCCCGGGAAAUUACGGCUUAACACAUUCAGGGCCAAGAACCCGACUGUCGGGUACACUGUUCGUAGCGACUACGCGCUACAUACGGCGAAAACGUGGCUACGCUCUACGAGCGUAACGCGUGGCAUUUAGUGGCAAUGAAUGUGUUAACACAUCAAUUUCCUCAUUUAGUUGGGGGGGUGUCAUGUACCGUGAUAUUGUCGUCGACAAUAUAUGGCGGUUGGCGCUUACGCUAUUAUUAACGACGCUCCAAUAUUAUUGCGGCCACCAUAAGGUACCUUUUGCCGUGGAACGUCACACAUCUUUACUAUUUCAUAUCUAGUGAAUCUCUAAUUAAUUUCCCGAAUCGCGCCGUAAGUAUGUAGCGAAGUUCAAUAUUUUAAAGAUUUAUCAUGAAAAUUUACCAAGGUAGGUACUAUAACAGCCCCUUA